GCCGGUAGCAGGUGCAGCAGGAUUGUGUCAGGAUGUGGAGGGUCUGACACACUCGGACACAGAGACCCCUCACUCUCUCCCUAUAGGGAGCAGCAGGGUCACCCCCUGCACAGCGCCACCAACAGACAGCUUCAAUACAGGUUUCCUGAAGAUAGCUGUUACAAGUUGAAGACAUGAGCUCACCUAAGCAAUGGGACAUCAGCCGGGCCCUGGCAACAGCUGGCUUCUUCCACUUCUUCCACAACAUUGGGAACUUUUGUGUGAUGCCUUUUUUAACCAUCUUCUUCCGGCAGCUUGGCCUGAGUGCCCCUCUUGUGGGUAUUUUAAUAGGAAUGAAACAUCUUGUUUAUGUUCUCUGGGCACCUCUGAGCUCUUACUUGGCUAAAACCAACAGCAAACGGCGCAUCCUGAUCAUGAUGUCUCUGAUUCUCUCAGCAGGAGCUGGCUUAAUUCUCACCUUUUACCCUCCCCUGGAUAAAGACAUAAUUUCAAGGCAUUGCAAUGGUAGCAAUCCCUGGAAAGAUCAAUUAAUCACACCCGGUGCUGUGAAUUUAGGUGGAUUACAACCUCAGAAUAGCAGUUUCAGUCAUAUAGUACUUGAAAGUCCAAUAACCACUCCAAUAGUGUCUACCUCAAUUACAGUCACUGUUAAAGAGGUUUUCAAUACCAGCUCUCGUGUGGAAAUGUCAAGUUCUGUUAAUUCCACAAUGGAUCUAGAACCCACCGUACAUCAUUCUAGUCCAUCCAUCAAUUUAAAAACCUCCACUCCAGGGUUAUCUGAUCAAUCACUAUCUUCACAUGUGCCUGAAGAGAAAUUAAAAAAGGCAAAUUAUGGAAACAGUAGUCUGACUACUAUCCAACAAAAUACAUCUGCCACCGAAGUUGUACAUGAUGGCAGGAUCGACAUUCCCAAGGUUGAAAAUCAAGUAAAUUCCUCUAGUCACAGGUCUGACAAACCCACUAGUAAGAAAAAAGUUAGAGAUGUCAAUUUGGAACUUUCUUACCCAAGCUAUUUCUUUAAUGGUGAACACAAGAACUUUCUCAUUUCUUUGGGAGCUAUAAUAAUUUGGGAGCUCAUGGCCUCUCCACUAGAAUGGACAGUUGAUGACAGUCUGUAUGAAUAUCUUGACUUUGUAGAUGCUACUGACCGGCAUGGAAAACUUUGGAUAUUUAGCUACUUGGGAGCAUGCUUGGGUUCCAGUUUAAUUACCUUGCUGGUAGACAACCUUGAUUGUUACUUCAUUGCCAGCAUCCCUCGAGUCUACCUGCAUUUCUACGGCUACUCCGUCUUCAUAAUUUUAACUUUAAUGUUGAGUCCCUUAUUCCCUAUUCACGUUUCCAAAAAAAGUGAACAUGCCAACAAAACUUUGAAAGCCUUAGGUCUGAUUGGAAAUGAUGGACGAGUCAUCCUGCUGUCAGUUACCGUUUUCUUGACCGGGGCAUUGGCGUCUACGGCUCAGAACUUCCUUUUCUGGAGGAUGCAGGAUGUAGGCAGCACAGAGUUGUACAUGGGACUUUCCAUCACCAUUGCCCUUCUGUCGGAAAUUUUACUGUACAUAUUCAGAACAAAGCUUAUGAAGGCAAUCUCAUUUAAAUGGAUGGUCGUCCUGGGCCUAGGUUGUUUGGCCAUGCAGUUGUUGGCUUACUCCUUUAUAUGGACUUCCUGGGCUGUGUUGCCCAUCCAGGUUCUGAGUGCCUUCAGCAAUGGGGCGCUGUGGUGGACUGUACUGUCACAAGUUGAUGAUGUAGCCACCCCUGGGACAGAAAGAUCUCUCCAGCUGGUCCUACACUGCCUCUUCCAUGGCUGCGGCGCCAGUGUAGGAAGUUUUGCCAGUGGUUUCAUAAUUAGCAGUUUUAGCCUCCCCAUUCUCUUCCAAGCAUGUGCCGUAACCUUGGUUCUCUGGAUUAUGCUGUUCCUAUUAGUCCAGCCCAAGCUCCCCCAUGUAAAGAAAAUCAACUAUUCAAGACUUCUUGCUGCAGAUCAGAGUGAUAUGAGUGAUUCAGAGGAGGAUCACGACAGAGACUGGUUAGUAGAAGCAAUGAAAGAGGAAACUAAAAUAACAAAAUGGUAAUUUAAUACCAAGAGCUUUGGGAGGACAGAGACAAAACAAACUCAUUCCAAGAGUGACCUUUUCAUUCUGCUAUGCUGGAACACCUUGUAAUUUGUAUAUUACUUUACUGUAUGCCAAUGGAUAAAAGGGUAUUUUAUACAAACUUCA